GGCGCUUAGCAACACUGACUUUUUGGGAGUAAAAAAAAAAGUGAAGCCCAAACAUUGUCUGAAAAAAUUAAAUUUUGUAUUAAAUCUCAGCAAAAAAGUAUUUAAUAUUAACAGAUCAGGAAAACAUGGCCAACGUGGAGUCUAUGAUUGUUGAGGAAAAGACGCAUGUCAAGCAGAUCGACCGCGAGAAGACUUGCCCCCUGCUUCUUCGGGUAUUCUGUUCCACGGGACGGCACCACUCCGUCUCCGAGUACACUUUUGGCAAUGUGCCUACCAAUGAACUGCAGAUCUACACCUGGCAGGAUGCCACCCUACAUGAACUAACUUCCCUAGUACGCGAUGUUAAUCCUGAUACCAGAAAAAAGGGAACCUACUUCGAUUUUGCUGUUGUGUACCCCAACUUCCGGAAUAAUCACUUUCAGAUGCGAGAAAUUGGAGUGACCUGCACCGGCCAAAAAGGUAUUGAUGAUAAUAAGACUCUAGCUCAGGCAAAAUUCUGCAUUGGAGACUUCCUGGACAUCUCGAUAACGCCGCCCAACCGCCUGCCGCCCACUGCCAGGCGCCAGCGUCCAUACUGAUGCCUCUUCACAAUCUAUUCUAAUCAUUUUUAAUCUUUCACUUGACACUCAAUGGAGUAUGGAAAUAAUUAUAAGUGGAAUACAAGUAA